AUGGUGUCAAACGAGUAUCUUACCCACGGGGAGAAGGAUGAGUUCGAUCCCCUAAAGUGGUCGUCAACCCCAGGCGAGCUUCCUCGACGAUCCCCCGCCACGCACCUGAAUGUGCUGAUCGUCGGGGCAGGCCCCGCGGGACUGAUAACAGCGCUUGAAUGCUGGAGGAAAGGGCACAAUGUGGUGGGGAUCUUGGAACGAAGCCAAGGGCCGGUCUAUACGGGCGACAUCAUCGUUAUAGGUCCCUCCGCCAUCUGCACCCUUCGUCACUGGCCCGAAAUCUGCCGCGAACUCGACCAGGAUCGAUCAGACAGCGUGAUGUAUUACCGCCGACAUCACGGGGAGCUGAUUCUAGGCCCAACAACAUUGGGCUACAACAGCCCCGAGCAUCGGUCCCAGCGCCCUGAAGGCCUACCCUACGUGGCCCCACACCAAAUUCGUCGCAAGUUUUACCGCAUGCUGCUCCGCCAGGUCGCACGCAUCGGGCUCAAAGUCGAGUACGGCCAGCGAGUGGAGCGGUACUUCGAAGACGAGGCCAUGGGCGUCGGGGGUGUGAUCACGACAGACGGCAGCGUACGAGUGGCGCACCUAGUUGUCGCCGCGGAUGCCUUCAAGACGCCCUCCGACCUGCUCAUCGCGGGCGAGCAUGCGCCCACGCACUCCAGCGGCAUGUCGGUGUAUCGUGCGGCGCUGCCAACGGCAUUAGCUCUGCGAGAUCCUGCAUUCCAGGCCCGUUGGGGCGAGGUGGUGGCCCGGGGGGAAUCUCACCACGAGUUCUGGAUCGGUCCCGGUAUGCACCUAGGGCUGUUUAUCUCACCAGACUUUGUGGCAUACGGACUGACGCCGCGCGACAAAUUCCUACACCCCGACGGCAACGAGCCCAUCGAGACUUGGGAUCCUAAUGUCGAUCCACAGGAGGUGCUAGACGUCCUGCACCGCAUCCCGGAUUGGGAUCCGGCCAUCGAGGGCUUGAUCCGCAACACGCCCCCGCGCGCCACGGUUCACUGGCCGCUCCUGUGGCGGAAUUUACGGCGCGAGUGGACGUCCCCGGCCGGUCGUGUGGUGCAGGUCGGUGACGCCGCGCAUACCACGGUGCCGGCGUCGAUCAGCGGGGGAACGCUGGCAAUCGAAGAUGCCGUUACACUGGCGGCCUGCUUACAGCUCGCGUGUGCCGGGGGUGCGCCUGGUGGAGCACCGUUAGGAGCUCGCAUCUACAAUCUCUUACGCUACCAGCGCGUGAGCUGCGUGCAGAAGAUGUCAUUUGUCAAUUCCGAGAAUCUGGGUGCCGCCAAUAUGAAUGAGGUGCUCGCAAAAGACCCCGAGAAGGUGAAGGUCCGGUUCCCCAAAUGGCUGUUCCAACAUGAUCCGGAGGCGUACGUUUAUGAGAAAUACGGCCAGGCUUACUUGCAUUUGACGCUUGGCACGGACUUUCAAAACACUAAUUUUCCUCCGGGUCAUAAUUUCAAGAUGUGGACGAUCGAAGAAAUACAUGCGGAUGUUCUUGCGGGCAAGAAGGUGGCGGACUUUUUGGAUGGCGAUUGGGACUAG